AUGACUACCAAAGGCAGCUCCACCAUACGGCUGCUAAAGUUGACGGAGAUCGACGAGCUGGACGAGCUUGAGCAGAUCUGGCUUGGAGACUACAGAGAGCUUGAGGAGAUUCUACAGCAUACCAACGACAAUGAUCAAGCUAUCCAAACUGAGCUGCAUGAGAAAUGCCAGCAGGUGCAAGGGCACACGCAUAUGGUGCAGGCGCUGCUGUGUGGGAUGAUCUGCGAUCGAACUCGCUCACAGCAGUUUCUGCGCUACCUGCAUCUUAUUGUGAAAGAUGGAUACGCGGUCUGUGUGAAGCAGCUGGAAAAACUGGCACGGGACAAAUUCCCGAAGAUGAAUGACAGGAAUGCCGCACAACCGUCACAGCAGCAGAUGCAGUUGCUGUGGGUCGUGCGAGAAUUUGUGAAUCUAAAGGUUCAGGGAAUAGAUAAGGUGUGUAUAGCUCUUCUCCGUCAGAUUCAGGGUGGUAAUGUCCGUAGCGCUACGAAUCGAUGGCUGAACACAAACCUUUGCAUGCUGUUUCAGGAGUCAAAAACCUGGCUUUACGAGCAAACACAGCUUAUUCCUAUGGUCUUUUAUACGUUCUGCCGUCUUGCUGCCGAUCAUGCUGAUCCAAAGUAUGAUAAACUGCGAAGGAUGGAAGGACAACUCUGUUGUGAUCUCUUCAGAGACAAGUUCAGUGAGUGCAAGGUGAUCGGACGAGAAGCUGUGCGACUUUUACAGCAAGUCUGUAAGAUACCUGAGUUUGAGGGGCUCUGGGAGGACAUUCUGAACAAUCCGCAGCAAUUCGGGGGCAUGACCGAUAUCUCAGAUUUGUUUUCAGUGAGGACCCCCAAAGAUUUUCUACAGAGCCGCCUUACACCUCAAAUGGAAGAACAACUGUUGUUUAUAAUGGAACGGGUUACGAUGGGCCAGCAGCAGCGGUAUCAGAGGUGGUUCAUGCAGAAAUGGGGCCUGAUGGAGCCUGGAGGUGACGCGCUGAUACCUGACCUUGUGAGAUACAUAUGUGGCUUUCACCACCCAUCCAACGAGGUUCUCAGGAGUAAUUUGGUUCAAAGAUGGGCUGUUGUAGGUUGGCUCCUCAAGUGCGCCAAAACCCCCACAAGUGUGGCAAACAUCAAACUAGCCAUGUUUUAUGACUGGCUGUUCUACUCUCCCCGCAAUGACUCGGUCAUGAACAUUGAACCAGCGGCUCUUCUGAUUACCCGAUCCAUCCCCAAAUGGCUUGAUAUUACAGUGGACCUGAUGGAAUUCAUGUUUGCGCUGGCAGAUUUAUGGAGCAAGCCCUCUGUAGAUAGAUGUCGAGAAGGGAUCUUCCAUGCUGCUGCGGAUUGUGUACAGAAAGGAGUUAUAAAGUCGUGGGCCCAGGUGUCCACGUGUCCCCAGAUCAACCCAGUGUUGAGGGCGCGUGUUCGAGCUCAAUUCCGAGGAUUUUGCCCAGGGGAUCCCGAGGAAAUUGCGGUAGAGGACGUCAAGGUGAUGGGUCGUUGUGCUCUCAGCUCCUCGCUGAUUGGUCCUUCAGGCGUUUGGAUUCAGAAGCUCGUCAAGUCAUGGGGGGGCACCGACACCAUCACCAGUAAGUGA